GAAGCUACAAAAACGACCAAUAAAAUAAAUAACCAACAUAAUUAAACUUCUGGAUAAUUUGUGAGUGUGUAAAUAGUUAUUGUUGUUUUUAUUUAUACACUAGAAUUUUUCCAUUGGAAAAAUUCUCACCUGGAAAAUUUCAAUUUUUGGAGUGUGUAAAUUUUAAUAAAUAGAAAUUAAUAAACAAGCACGUGUCAGUACUCAAAAAAAUUAAACAACCAAAUUGUUUAUUAUUAAAAUGUCACUGUUGUCAGCUACUUGUAGAAGAAUUAAUGCAUACCGGCAUUUAUUAUGUACAUCAUCAGUAUCACCAUUAUCUAUGGUUCGAACAUUAUCAACAGCACCACAAAACACGUAUGACUCCAAGAAAUUUGCCGGCUACAAAGUACUGUAUAACUUAGAAACCAUAAAAAAUAUUAGCAUACUUAAUAGAUUGAAGUAUCGUGUGACAAUAGCGGCAGCGGUUAUUGUACCUGGAUGUUCCGCACUAGACAGUUUUGCAGUUUUAUCUGUGGAUUUUUCACAACCAUUAUCGUUUUUAACGAUUGCAAUCACUCUCUUCCUUCACGGCGUAGGAUUAUUUUGUAACAAUGUGAUCGGAUACAUUUACUUCAAACCUAAGAGCGAUGACUUAAAAAUUUCUUACGUUAAUUAUUGGGGAAAAAGAAUUGAUAUUGAUGCAGAUGCUAAGACUGUUAAAUGCAGUGAACACUCUUCUAUGCUCUACCGACCCGUAUUCAACACUGUCACUACUGAAUCAACUAAAGCGAAGCUUAGGUUGUAUGUUAAGGGAAAAGUUAUGGAUGAAAAGCAUUUUGAUAAUAUAUUUGGAAUUUCUUUUUAAAUAAAUAUGUAUUCAUAGUA